UAGAUGAUCACUUGCUGACCCGCCAGCUGCACUCACACCCUUCGUGCUACCCACGCUCACUACCUCCCCACGUUCUCCUGUUCCCCUUCGCACAGCUUCACUGGCCCUCGCGUUUUAGCAGCCCUGCGCUAACGGGUGCACAAUGGCGUCCACACCCUCUGUCAAGGGUGCCGAUGUUGAGAUGACAGCUUUUCCUAGCACCUCGUCUACAGAACAGAAAGAUGAGCUCGCGCUUGCUAGACUGGGAAAGAAAGCAGUGUUGAAGAGACGAUUUGGGUUUCUCUCUAUCCUGGGCUUCAGCUGCACCGUAUUGAUCACAUGGGAAGCUUCUUUAGUACUAUUCCUCGUUGGUUUCCAGAAUGGCGGCCCAGCUGGAGUCAUCUACGGCUAUCUCGUCGUCUGGUUCGGUACAGUAUCCGUAUUCACGGUCCUCUCGGAGCUGGUCUCAAUCGCACCCACUUCAGGUGGUCAGUAUCACUGGGUUGCGAUGCUGUCACCGCCACGCCUGUCCCGGCUUCUCAGCUACAUAUCCGGGUGGCUCACACUGUGCGGCUGGCUGGCUUCGCUCGGCUCCGGCUGCUUCCUGACAGGCGGCUUGAUCCAGGGACUGCUGAUCCUAUGUCAACCUGACACCUACGUUCCACAGAACUGGCACGUGACGAUGCUGUAUUGGGCGGUUAUCUUGUUCUGCGUCUUCAUCAAUGUAGCUGCAGGAUGGCUUCUGCCGAAGUUUGAAGGUGCCUUACUGGUCUUGCAUAUCCUCGGGUUCUUCGCCAUUCUCAUUCCUCUUUUGAUACUGGGUCCGCAGGGCGACGCUAGAUCGAUCUUCACUACGUUCGUGAAUAUGGGCGGUUGGGACUCUCAGGGGCUGUCGUUCUGCAUCGGGAUUAUGGGGAGCGUAUUUGCCUUCGUUGGAGGAGACGGGCCGAUCCAUCUGUCAGAAGAGAUUCACAACGCUCAAGUGGUCGUUCCCCGAUCAAUCAUGACAGGUAUUGCGAUCAACGGAUCUCUGGGGUUCGUUAUGGUGGUCACUGUCCUCCUCCGUUUGGGCGACAUGGAUACCGUCCUAGCAGAAAACCCAGCAUUCCCAUUCAUGGCCAUCUUCCACCAGGCCGUGCAGUCGCGCGCCGGUGCUGCAGUGAUGGCAUCUAUCGUCAUGGUACUUACCAUCAGCGCCAACGUCGGCUUCUCGGCUUCAACCUCGCGCAUCUGCUGGGCCUUUGCACGAGACAAGGGCCUCCCCGGAUGGCGCCAGCUCAGCAAAAUCAGUGACAGAACCUCCAUCCCCGUCAAUGCCGUCGCCUUCACCAGCCUCAUCGCCAGCAUCCUCGCCCUUGUCAACAUCGGCUCCACCACCGCCUUCAACGGCAUCAUCUCCGUCUCUAUCGCCGGCCUCUUCGCCUCCUACCUACUCACUGCUUGUCUACUACUCUACCGCCGCUGCACUGGCGCGAUUCUACCCAACGCCACGCUCGACGCCUCGCCCUCCGUCACACCCGACGGUAUGGUGCGCGCCGUGUGGGGCCCGUGGCGGAUCCCCGGCGCGCUGGGCGUCGCAAACAACGCGUUUGCGUGCGCGUAUCUGGCGUUCGUUUUCUUCUUUAGCUUUUGGCCAUCGUUCAAAGAUGUCACGCCCGCUACGAUGAAUUGGUCGGUGUUGGUUACAGGGACUGUGGCGCUGUUGAGCGCGGUGUAUUACCUGGUGUGGGCACGGAAGACGUAUCAUGGACCUGUUGUGGACGUGAGUCUGUGAGCGGGCGGGCGUGUGUUUGUCAGGCUGUUCUUGGGCGUGGGGAAAAAUGUAUAGCUAGAUUGCGGAUUGUAAACUCAAAAGUAGGCUCCUUCACGAAGCACCACUCGACCCCGCACGUCUGCAUCGUGACCUCAAGCAUGUCGACGGGGCUUUACGUAAAUCACGGCCUGCAGCAAGCGCUUAUCACAGUUGCUGAUGGCGUUGAAAUCUCUUCGCC